AUGCACCCGCGGUGGCUGCCACUGUGUCCUGUCGUCCUGUACCUGAUCGCCGGAGCGACGGUCCUGCUGGCCGCCGACAACGUCACGACGUCCACUAAGCCGGUACAGGAAGGUCUGCAGGUGCGAUGCUCGAACAACUACACGAUGACUUGCGUCAAGAGGGACGUGCUCUUGUUUCUGGACUCGAUGGACGGCGAACGGAGCUACGAGCUCUAUCCGGGAUUCACGUUGUUCCAGAGGCGCAGCUCUUCAGCUGGAAUGCUGCCGAGCAACGAGUCGCUGGACGCUGCCAACUCCAGCCAGCUAGACCACAUGAUCGCCAAACGGCUCAACGAUUACGUGGAGAGCAUCGAUCUGCGGGUCAGACUCCUCAAUCCGAUCAACGCGACGGCCCGAUCGGUUGGUAACAGCAUGCUCGAACGGAUUUUGCCGUUUCUCAGAAUGAGUAUGACCAAACGCAUAAUGUUAUUAUUUACUGUCAAGUCUUUGCAUUACUUACUGCCCAAACUGUUGAAAAAACUAAGAAUCUAA